CCUCAUCCCUGGUGUGGGAUGACGUCAAAUUCAAGAUGGAUGGAAUCACGACCAGCACGCAGAAAUCGACACAACACUGAAUUAAGUCCAGGUUGUUUGGAUGAGAGAACUUAAUCACGAGGGCCGGCAAUGGAGAGCUUAGUGCACUACAGUUGUCCUGCCCAUGCCCUCUCCGUGCUGGGGCAGCUCAAUGAGCAGCGUCUCCGAGGCCACAUGUGUGACGUGGUCCUCGUUGUGGCCGAUCAGCGGUACCAAGCCCACAAAAGUGUCCUGGCUGCCAGUAGUGAAUAUUUCCAGUCCCUCUUCACCAGGAUGGAUGACACGUCGUUAAAGGUUGUAAUGGUGGACUUCUGUGAACCUGACGCUUUUGAGAUAGUGCUGAAUUACAUUUACUCGUCUUCACUUUUUGUGGACAAAGACAGUCUCUCAGCAAUCCAAGAGUUGGGCUACACUUUGGGAAUCCCUUUCCUCACCAACAUCGUGUCCACCAAGCCACAUGCGUCAUAUUGCGUCUCGAGAAAAAGACUGUCCUAUUCCGAAGGGGAUGACAACGACGCCCAGACAAGGAGCGUCAUCGUGUGCCGUGUCCGCAACGACACAUCCGAACCCUCGUGUCCAAACUAUCAGACAAAAACACCGGAAAGAUCGUCGUCUCUCGUCGCGACUGAAUCGGCUCAGCCUCCUUCGGAACUUAAGUCCUGCGACUCGGUCAGAAACUCUGAAGCUAUCACGAGUAAAUUACAUGAACAAACUGAAGCUUCUGGAAGGAGGUCCACCCAUCCAUACACAUCCAUUUUAAAAGGGAAUCCAUCCUACUUGUCUUCUAUUAGGCCCCAGCUGAAAACAUCGGCAUCAUUCAGCGAGGCUGAAGUGCAGCAUAUCGGGAUGUCGCAGUCUUGCUCAGACCAGGACGUAAAACAGGAUUCAGGGGAGAACUACACCACCAAAGUGUCCUUUCAGGGUCAGGCCGCCACUGAGCUGAGCCAGACUAUUGACCGGAGCGGGCCACUCAUAAAAAGCUUACUUCGCAGAUCGUUAUCCAUGGACAGCCCGGUUCCGGUCUUCUCACCCACGCUGGAGCUCAAGGAGCUGCAAAAUCACGAACAGUCGGUCGUUAAAUUGGCAUCGGGUCCGGAACAAUCGGCUCACAACGGUAAUUCGCGAACAUCUCCCAUUGUUCUCAAGUCCAAGUAUCACGGCAGACGGAAUGAACAAACUCAGGUGGAAAGAGAGGACAGCGUGAAAGCCGAGCCCAGCAGUCCGCUCGCCGACCCUUUGGACAUUAUUCGGAUCACCGUCGGAGAAGCUUUGCCGGUCAAUCUGAAAGAUUUACAAACAAAUUACGAACAAUGUUCCAAGGCCAACUUCAUUCCUUUGGGGAAACGCAAGGAAAGGUCGGACAACAGACGGUACCCGUUCAAGAAGAACAAAAUCUUUAAGGAACACAGCGUCUCCACAGAGGAGAACACGUCCGAAGUUGUGUCUCGCAGCACCAGCCACGACAACGAGAACGACAAAGAGUGGUUUCCGAACAAACUUUUCACGUGCUGGAACUGUUUCAAAGUGUUCCGGUCCAGCGCCGGACUCCACCGACACGUAAACAUGUACCACAACCCGGAAAAGCCGUACGCUUGCGACAUCUGCCACAAGCGCUUCCAUACAAACUUCAAAGUGUGGACCCACUGUCAAACUCAACACGGCGUCCUCCAAAACCCGGCGUCAUCUUCCAGCUCCCCGGUGAUGGACGACCGAUUCCAAAAGAAACUGAUCGACAUGGUGCGAGAGCGAGAAAUCAAGAAAGCGUUGCUGUGGAAGCUGAAAAGGAAUAAGCAAGCCAUGCAGUCUACCGGCCUGUGCAAAAAGCGAACACGCGCCAACUUUGUAUGUCCCUAUUGUGGCAAAGCAUUUGUCUUUCAGUCUCAGUACAGGCAGCAUUUAAGGACACAUCCUGCAGAAAAAGCUGACAAGGACCCCCCAGGGGAGGACAUCCUCUACCAGAAACAGGACGGGCCCAAGGAUGACGACGGCGCCGUUUACUCCUGCAGACUCUGUAAUAUGAAGUUGCCGUCGCUCAUCGAGCAAGGCGAUCACGAGAGGGGUUGCCGGCAUUCCACCGUUUGCCCUUACUGCGGCCUCCGCUUCUCCAGUCCGGCGGUCAAGAAAGACCACGAGGCACACUGCAGGUACAAGAAACUGACGUGCCUGGAAUGCAUGCGCACCUUCAAGUCCUCCUUCAGCAUCUGGCGCCACCACGUGGAAGUGCACAACAACAACAUGAUCAAUAUUAAGGAACAGAUUCAUCCCAAUGAGGGAAUGACCGAAAUGUUCAUCGAGGAGCAUUACAACAACGAACCUCUGGCAAGAGAGACAAAUAUGUUCAACGAUUCCUCGGGCACACCGAUGUAUGAUGAUUCCGAAGACUCGUCAUCCUACGUGCCCGAGGACCUGAGCAUGGGCCGUCACGGGAAGCUGGUGGUGAAAGAAGAGCCGCUGGAGGAGUCUGUGAGCGAGAGGGAAGAAACGGAGAGCGGCCAAACUGGCCUGGAGGAACCGGGCGUGUGGCCUUGCGAGAAAUGCGGAAGUCUUUUCUACGCUCGCAAAGACCUGGAACGUCACCAGGAGCUCCUAUGCCACAUCAAGCCCUUCAUCUGUCACAUCUGCAACAAAGCCUUCAGGACCAACUUCCGCCUUUGGAGCCACUUUCAGUCGCACAUGUCGAGCGCAAGCGAACACGCGGCCAAAGGGAUGGACGUGCACCCCCCACCUCUGUCGCCCUCCCCGCCCGCGACCUCUCAAACAUCUGAAGGGCCCUCUCCACCGGCCUCCGCACCAGUCGCGGCGGCCGACGAGUCCGACGGUCCCGAGGCUUCUGCGUCAUUGCUCAACAACGGCGGCAAGAUCCAAGCUCUGGCGGAGCAACAACCGAGAAGCCGCAGUCCCGUGUCCAGGUCAAACAGCGCAGAGAAUUCAAGCGGGACUCAGGAUUCCGACACCCUCUUUUACCACGCGCCCUCUCUCUCGGCCUUGACCUUCAAGAGGCAGUACAUGUGCAAACUCUGUCACAGGACCUUCAAGACAGCUUUCAGUCUCUGGAGCCACGAGCAGAGUCACGGCCACGUGUGAGCAUUCAGCAAGUUCUCGCAGUACAUUUGUCUGGAGGCUUCACACAUGAUCAUCAAAAGCCAGCCUGGAAAAGGCAGACUUUGAAUGUAUCGCUUCCUUGCUUGCCUCCAGCGUACGGUUUUAAGGAGGGUGUAAACACACAGGGUAUUCGGGCCACACUAAAAAGCAAAACAAAAUAUGAUUUUUUUUUUUUUUUUUUUAAAUAAAUUCAGCAAACAAACAUCAAAAUAUCUUUUUUUUUUCUUUAGCUCAUAUUUGUUAAAUGACCCUUUGUGUAUUUCCUUUUCAGUGUGACUUGAAUACGCUUUGGACUAUCAUGAAUGUGCAAACGAGUCCUAGAUGUGUUUUGGGUAUGAUCUACUUCAAUUUAUCGUAGUUGCCUACUUGUAUUUACACGUACGUGUCGGUGUUUUAAGAGAGCGAGAUGACGGUGUAACCCACGUGACUUGAGCUGAACCACACGUGACUUCAACGAACAAGCAAAAGGGGGGGGGGGCGUUGUUUUCAGAGCAAAUGCUUUUGUUUAUCUGCUGCGCUUCAAUUAUGGCUUAGUGCUUUUGCAUCAGAAUUGUUUCUUGGUGUGAUAAAUCUUUACGAUUUUUCACGCCUCGUGCACUUUUUUGCCUUCAUAAAAAAUAGGGAGAUUAUGAGUUGUACAGUUGUGACUUUAGGACUGAUGCAUGUACCUAAUUGUUAUUCACUUUCUUCACUUGUUGCAUUGAUUUUUCUAUCUCUCAAACUACAGUACCUUAAUGUAAAACAGCAUAAUGACAUCAUAGCAUUAAAAAAAAAAAAAAAUCUCAGGUUGUUCAGGCAUUUCAAAACAUUGAUGUAGUGAGAAGUCAGGUUACAUUAUCUUCCGAAGUAUUCAUUGAGUGAUUAAGAUAUGUUUUGUACAAUUUCAGUGGAUGUGAUUUUAGUGUGUUGUACAAAAAAUGGCAAGUUGUAUCGACUGAAAAAAAGGUGGUGUUUGUGGUCCUCUACUUUGCAGAGUAUUUGAAUCUAAAGCUAAUGUUAUGUAUUUUACAGUUCAACUUUCUGUAUUAUUAUUUUUUGCCUCUUGAUUGACAGGUCAUCACGG